UGUACAUAAUUCACAGACCACCGAGAUGUAGUGAGAUUCAUAGACCAUCGUCACCAAUAAACAACAUUUGCUGAAACUGUUACCUACUAAGUGACACAUUCGCUCGAAUUGUUCUGUGUCUUUAGGAAAAAUAAAUUUCGAUAAUGGUGGAUCGUUUAGUGAAUAGUGAAGCAAAUGCAAGAAGAAUUGCAAUGGUGGAGAGCUGCUUCGGCAGCUCGGGACAACCUCUAGCAGAGCAAGGGCGGGUCCUUGUUGGUGAAGGUGUCUUGACAAAAAUUUGCAGGAAAAAACCAAAGGCACGACAAUUCUUUUUGUUUAAUGACAUUUUGGUGUAUGGCAAUAUAGUUAUUAACAAGAAAAAAUACAACAAGCAACAUAUCAUUCCAUUAGAGGAGGUUAAGCUGGAGUCACUGAAAGAUGAAGGACAAUACCGUAAUGGAUGGUUAAUCCGUACUGCAUCCAAAUCAUUUGCUGUGUAUGCUGCUACAGCCACAGAAAAAGAAGAAUGGAUGGCUCAUAUUGAAAAAUGUAUAGAAGAUUUAUUAAGAAAAAGUGGCAAGCAACCUCCUUCAGAGCAUGCAGCUGUUUGGGUACCAGACAAUGAAGCCUCAAUAUGUAUGCACUGUAAGAAAACACAGUUCACUGUGAUAAACAGAAGGCAUCAUUGCCGCAAGUGCGGAUCCGUGGUGUGUGGUCCGUGCUCGUCGAAGCGGUACAUCCUGCGCGGCCAGAGCGACAAGCCGCUGCGCGUGUGCCUGCAGUGCUACGACGAGCUCAGCAGGGAACGCGUCCGACCCCCCAACCAGCAGCAGACCUCGGCCAACACCACGCCCGUUAAAACCGAUACGGCCGGUUCCGGAGGGGACUCCUCGGGCGACGAAGACAGUGAUGACGAUGAUAUCAAUGCUGAAGAGAAACACGACGAGGUACACGUUGGUCUGUCUAUUUACGGAACCAAUAGACAUAACAAAAAUAUCCAAACGGAGUUUUAGGAAAAUCUAGAAAAAGAGCCAAAGUUCUACGGUGACAGCGAAAAGACUGAAGAGACCAACAAUCAUUCGUCCAAGGAAGCCGCCAAGUAAUUGUUGAGAAACUGUCCCAACGCUGUCCAUAAUAUACAUACAGGUAAAUCUAAAUGUUUUCAAUGUUAUUAAGAAUAAUAAGACGAAAUUACUUUGAUUAAUUUUAAAUUUAUUAUUCACGUUUUUAAAUUUUUUGGUUAAAUAUGUAUGAAAAUGUAUAAAUGACUAAUUUAAUAUAACCGUAGUUAAUACUUAUCGUCAUACAAACAAACUGCGUUUACUUGUAAAUUAUCCUGGUGCAUUCAUUUAUAUGAACUGAGGGAAUAUUGUAUUAGUAUAUAUUUUUUUUGAAAAUUUCAAAUGACAAAAUUCAAUUUGUGUAAUUUGUUUUCAAUUUUAGAUAAUUUUAGUUAAAUUUAUCAUUGAGAUGGAAAUGAUCUUUCUAAAGUGUUAAAGGAAUGAUAUCUAAAUAAGAAAAGAUAAUAUAGAACCUAAAACAAUAUUUAUUUGAAUAGAAACAAACUGUUGUUGAGUUGCUGCAUAUUGGCUUAACCCCUUAACACCUAGAGCUCUUGCUCACCUAUCUAAGCAACAAAAAAAUAAAGGUGAAUCAUGCCACUGAUGUAUUAGGAGUAUAUAUUGAUCAUAACUACUUAGCGGUGUUGACAUAUAUAGGAUUGUCGUACCUGCCACUGCAGGCUCACAAUAAAUAUGCUAACCCAAAUUUUGUAAAGUAUUAAAACGAAUUAUAGUACUGGUUCGUGUAGGUACAUUGCGUGCAUUACAAAAACAAUACUCGAAUUGAAUAUCGGAUUCAUAUUAAACAUUUCAAAAUACAUAAUAUUAUUAUUAUGGUCCUAAUGUAUUAUAGAUAGGCUACCAUACAGAAUAAAGAUUUUUUUUAAUAGACUUAAUUAGUCAAGCCCCUAAGAAAACUACAAACGAAUGAGUAUUAAACUGAUUUAUCUAGAAAGCAGACCCAACCCCCUAACUUCCGAGUUCGAGUAAAAGACUAUUUAAAUUCUAAAAAAAAAUUUGUGCAUUUCGAACAAAUUUCAAUUUUUUUAAUGUUAUCAGAAUUCAACAAAACUAUAAUGUAAACCAAAUUCGGUAAAGGUUUCGAACCCACCCUGUAUAUGAGUUGCGUCCUUUGAAAAUAGGUAUUUAAAGAAAAGUGUGCUGUUAAAAUUGACCAGUACUCUACCAAAUAUGGCCUUCUUAAAUUUAUACAUUAGAUAGUUACAGUUGAAGUCGAAAGAAUUCUCGUCUGAAAUUGUUAUGAAUAGUUUUCCGAUUAGAUCUUUUUUUAACGUCAUUAAAUGAUUUGCUUUGUUUGAAAACAGUUCAAAUGUCACCAUAUAGUGUUAAUUCGCAUUGAUCAAGUGACUAGCGUGAAGAUCGCUGCCAAGAUGGUAGUUCAAUAUGUUUUAUGGAGACAGUAAAGUCAAGUAUUUUCGUAUCAACUAUUUUUACGAAGAUACGCGUGCCGUAAAUAUCUGGCAUAUGUUUAUAUAUCAAAAGCCCUAUGGUUUUCUAUGAUAUUUGUGUUGUUUACAUAACUUCAGAUUAUAAGCAAACACAGCAUGCAAUAAAUAUCAAUUAAUGAAAUUGAAUGCACUACUUCGCCAAUACACUACAUUAUACCAUACUAUAUACUCGAUUAUUAAGCGGCUAGCUGGGAUGAUGGUAUGUAAAAAGGCGCAAUUAACUGCAAACGUUCACGCGCGAAGGAAUGCGAUAUACUGUAUCUCCGAAUACCCAGCAGUAUAGCUCGAAACAUGUCUAUAUAAUCGUCAUUGCAUCCAAUUUCACUGUAAAUCCAUGCCAGUCUUGGUAAAAGAGAGAUAAAUUGUACCCAUGCAUGUGUACAACGUGUUCCAUUAAGGCUUUCGGUAGGCAGCGGCUUGGCUCUGCCCCUGGCAUUACUGAAAUCCAUGGACGACGGUAGCCACUCACCAUCAGGUGGGCCGUAUGCUCGUCUGCCUACAAGGGCAAUAAAAAAAAGGCUUUUCUGGAAAAAACGAUUUUCGCAAGUCAACAAAUUAAUGUGAAUCAGCCAAAUCAGGACAUUUCGUUUGUUAAUUAAUUAUUGAUAAAAAAUAUUUAUUGUUUUUGCUUACAACAUUACGGUGGUUUUAACGGAUGUUUUAAAAGUGUUUAGUUAAAAUAAUUAAUCAAUAAGCAAUGUUAUUUUAGAUACAUAUUUAAUAAUUUACACGUGGAAUAUAUAUGAUUGUAAUUAGUAAAACACUUAUAGUUUUCUAUUUUGCUAUAUAUUUGAAGUGUUUAUAUCGAGAUAACGUUUAAUUGAAAAUUUUACUUUCCGAGUCUUGUAAUUAGAGCAUCACAUUUUAAAAGUAAACAUUUUCAUUUCAACGUAUUCUCUAGCACUGUUUUUUGUAUAUUAGAAAUUAGUUUAUAAGAGGUGCAUUGAAUAACGUUAAGUCGUAUUUAGUUUCAUAAUGAAACAAUAAUAUUAUGUUUUAUAUAAAAAAUAUAAGUUAACGAAAUGUUAGAUUGAAAGUCACUUUUUAUUUAUUAACGACCUAUUAUGUAAACUAGGCCUAAACAUGAGUAACCAAUGCGUGCAUUGUUUUUGUUAAUUCCAGAAUUAGAACUAAGCGAAAUAUGUUAAGAUAUUGUUUAAUUUUUCAGUUGACAAAAAUAUACAACUAUUUUUUAGAAUAA